UCAAUUAGUAUAGACAGUCAGUCCUAUUUGAACCAAGGAGUGAUCAUGUGUGGGAAUUAUUAUUAUUUAGUUUUAUAUUUAGUCUACAUUUCUAUUGCAAGGACAAAUGGCAUAUUCCGUUACGACUACUCGUACAGUAAAGAGGCAGGGGGAUGGCUGAAGCUGCACCAGGCACCAGUGACGUUUACAGAGGCAUUCCUUCGCUGCGACCUAGAAGGUGCAGUUCUGGCAUCGCCGCUGAAUGCAAAUCUCCAAACAGCUAUAGCAAGGCUGACGGCGGGAGUUAGCUGUGCUAUCUUUACGGGAAUCCAUGCCACAAUUUCCAAAGGGGACUUCACGUCUAUCGAAGGUAUCCCGUUAGCAAAGAUCCCCGUGCAAUGGGCCAUGGACGAACCUGACAACUUCCAGAACCAGGAAGACUGCACGAUCAUGCUGCACAACGGGACGCUGGCUGACGCGCGGUGUAAUGACACGUACCCUUACGUGUGCUACAAGAAGAAAACCAAUAACCCCGUGAUGAAUACAAACUGCGGGACUAUCGACCCUGCUUAUACAUUUGAACAAAGCACUGGUAGCUGCUACAAGUUCCACCGCCUGGGGAGGAGCUGGAGGCGCGCGCAGAUGACCUGCCUCGCGGAGGGCGGGUACCUGGCCAUCCCCAACAGCGACCAGGAAGCCACAAUCCUCAAAAACCUCAUUGCCCAAAAUCCAGCCAACACUAUAAUCGUAACGUCGAACUUUAGGGACGUUGUCUCAAUUGGAUUUCUUGAUUGGGAUCAAAAGGGCACUUGGUACACAGUUAAUGGUCAGAGUAUUCAAUCGGCAGGGUACGCGAGCUGGGCGAACGGCCAGCCUGACAACACCAAGUCAAUCGACAACGGCUCCUACUGCGGCGCCAUGUUCCGCAGCGGCCUGCUCGACGACGUCUGGUGCGAGUCUGUCCCGUUCGCUUUCAUAUGCGAGAAGGCCCCCGACAGUCUCGUGCCCGAUGAGGAAGAAUAUGAAAAACAAUAAAACAUAUCGACCGCCUGGCGUAGUUUUUUAUGAACCCUACUACAACGCCAGCCAAGAUUGCUUCAAUAACCUCUAUACUUAGGUACUUGGGGGACAAGGGUUUUCGUAUAUUCCUAAGUAGGUAGGUACACAGUUACGUAGUAACAGUUGCACUAAAUUAUAGCCCGACCAGGAACAUAAAAACCCUCGCCAUGUUGCGGAAAACUAAUGGAACUAAUUUCUUUUAAUGGCAACAGUAACUGAAAACUUCAUUGACAUGUCACCUUGCAUGUCAGUCUAUUGCUGUCAAAGUGUAAACAAACUUUAUUUUAAAUGUGCGCAAUUGAUUUUGUGAAUUAAAUUGCUAAAAUCUUUUUAUAGUCGUGAAAGAAAAGUGGUUUACAAUGUGUUAAAGUAUUUGUCGAGAGAAAUACUAAGGGUUCGGACAAUAUUUUUAUUGAAUAAUGUUUCCGACAAAGGUUGUCAAAUUGACUGACAUGUUUAUCGCAUAGUACAGUCCACUAUGAAAAUUAGUGUGGUUUGUUUCAACUACCUAUUUUAAAAUUUUUUGUCACUUUCUAAUUGUCGAAUUUUAUGGAAUUGGGAAAGAAGUACCGAGUUUGAAGCGUUCAUGAGCAAACAUUGCAGUUGAAUAUUCAAGUUCUGAAUUUGAUUAUCGAUGAAUAAUAAAAUAAAUCCUACUAGCUCGA